GACCGGUUGACAUAACAAAUAGUUACUCCCACCAUCCUCCCACUUUUCAAAAAGGAGGUUAUUAACAUUUUCAUGAAAUAAACAGUUACAGUCAAACAAUUUCACGUUUUUUUGUGCGGUUUAGCAAUGUCGUUUUUUCUUUGUUGUGUAUUGUAGUGUAAACUCGAGACUGUACAAUACGACACGGUGUUAGUGCCUUUUUGUCCUUCGUUUCAGUGACAGCUGUGCUAGGCGGUACCUUUCGCCCAGGAAAACGAACUCUAUCCCCAUGUUGUUAAAAGUUUACCCAGUUAUGAGCAGUUAUCAUCAUUGACGCCUCCAGUCUGCUCAGAGCCAUGUCUAAGAACAAUUUAAUAAGUUCCAGAAGCAUUUCUCCGGCCAGUUUUAAUUCUCUCCGGUCUGAUUCAGAGAAGUCCUUUGAAAAUGGACUGGAGGACUCUUUAAAGCCCAAACUUAGGCCUUCAUCUACUUCCCGGACUGCCAAAGCUAAACGAGUCAGAUUUUUUCACAAUGGAAAUAAGUUUUUCAAUGGAGUUGUUAUACCUGUGGCCCCAGAAAGAUACAGAUCAUUUGACAGCCUAACCAGUGAACUUACUAAUUUAAUUGGAAGAAAUGUUACCCUUCCCAACGGAGUCCGACAUGUAUAUUCGAUGGAUGGAAAAAAAGUUGUAAAUAUAGAAGAAUUGGAAGAUGGCAAAGAAUAUGUGGUUAGUGGGAAAGGCGAGCCCUUCAAAAAAGUGGAGUAUUCGAAAACGGAUACUUUAAAAAGCAGAAAAGUCAAUCGAAACAAUAGUUCGAUCUCCAGUAUGCCCAGAAUUCUACCGCCAGACUGUGUUCGGCCAAGAAUUGUAACUAUCAUUAGACAUGGAAUUAAACCUAGAAAGAUUUUACGACUUCUUCUGAAUAAACGGAAUUCUUCAAGUAUGGAAUCUGUGUUAAGUGCAUUUUCAGAAUUAGCGCAGUUGGCGGUUAGAAAAGUUUAUACUUUAUCAGGUCAACCAGUGACAGUACUUCCACAUUUCUUCGAAUCAGAGGAUGUUUUCUUUAUCUAUGGGAAUGAACGGCAUAGUCUAGAUGAUUUUGAAUUGGACUUCGAAGAAAGCAAGUCGAUUCAGCAAUAUAAAAAGACUCCCUGUCUUCGAAAUGGUACCGGUCCUAAACCUAAAAUGCCUAAAAAAGAGAAAAAUAGAACCUAUGAAUCUGAAGAGAGCUUAUUGAGAAAAUUAAGUUUAGAUGAAAACAUAAGUUUACCCCCCGGCAUGAAGGGAAAAUAUACAAUAGGAAGAAUGAUUGGGGAUGGAAACUUUGCAGUUGUUCGGCUGUGUAGGCAUGUUAUUUCUGAGCACGAAUAUGCGUUAAAGAUUAUUGAUAAAGCUAAGUGCAAAGGAAAGGAAGACAUGAUUGAAAACGAAGUAAAAAUAUUAAGAAUGAUCAGUCAUUCCAAUAUUAUCUCAUUGGUUGAAGAUCAUGACACCAAACCUAUGUUAUAUCUAGUCUGUGAAUAUGUUGCAGGUGGAGAUUUAUUCGAUGUGAUAACAGUGGCUCAGAAAUUCUCAGAAGAGCAAGCUGCAUUAAUGAUUAAACAUCUUACUUCUGGUCUAGCUUAUUUACAUAACUUGAACAUUGUACAUAGAGAUAUAAAACCUGAAAAUUUACUGGUGGAAAUGGAUAAUGGUAAAGUAAAAUGUCUGAAAUUGGGUGAUUUUGGCUUAGCCUGCGAAGUAACUGGUCCACUUUACACUGUCUGUGGAACGCCUACUUAUGUAGCUCCAGAAAUAUUAGCUGAAAGUGGAUAUGGUCUUAAAAUUGACGUAUGGGCAGCUGGCGUUAUUUUAUACAUAUUACUUUGUGGUUAUCCUCCUUUUGCCAGUCAAGACAACGAUCAGGAAAAACUGUUCGAUUGCAUUCUAUCAGGACAAUAUGAUUUUCCGGACGAGUUUUGGCAAGAUGUCUCCAUGCAGGCCAAGGAAUUAAUUUACAACAUGCUUCAAUUGUUGCCUGAACUCCGCUUUUCUGCGGAAGACGUUUUGGACCAUCCCUGGCUGAAAUUGGCAAAUUAGAAGGCUUGACCUUUAGACUGGCGAUAGAACUUGUCUUUUUAAAGAUUAUGAGUUCAGGACUCGUUUGAUACUCCUUGAACAGCUGCCAGGACUGCUGAUUGUGAUGUGAUGGUGAGUACUAUGUUGGUAGUGGUAGUGAUAAUAAAACUGUGUCUUUUUUAGUAUUUUUUAUUGUACAUUAAAAAAAGAAAUAAAUACGAUCAUAAUAAUGUAAGUGCUAAAAAUAUACAGUAAAAUUUAGACUGUCUCACAAAUGAUUGUGUGGUAUAAUUUCAUAUUAUUAAUUUUUAUUAUGUUCCUUGUUUCAUUACCAAUAGUAAUAUUAAACGUUAGAAUUAAUAUUAUUUGCUUCCUCGAGCCAAGAAUAUAUUUAGACAAAUGUAAAAAAUUAUUUUAAAAAUACUUAUCUAAAUUACCUAGAUGUUUUUUCUGACGGAUUUAGUGUACAUUAGCACAUAAUAAUAUAAAGAGAUUCAGUUAAAUAUUUGCUUAAGCAAUUGGUUUAUCAUUGUUUAUUAAUAGAACUAGGGUUUGCAAAUAUGGGGAUAAUCAAGCAAAUUUUACAAAUAUAUCAUCAAAUAAAAAUUACAUCACUCACUAUAGUUCUAAAAUUUGCUUACCAUCAGCCAUAUGACUAUAUAAUAUUAUAUAUCAGCUAUCCAAACUCGAAAUAUUGAUUCAGGUACAUUUUCUUUUCAAGCCCAUUCUAUUGAUACUAUCCUUUUACAAACGCUCCAAACCCAGUAAUGGCAGUUGGCAACCUUUUCAUUCUGAUCAUACCAUUUUUGCAAUUAUUCUCUGAACAAAACAACGUUCUUCAUAGUAAUGACUAAAUAAGCCCACAUUGGUUUAUUAGUAAUUUUGAUCAGAGCAUUGCUAUUGAAGCUAGUUUACAUACAUAUAGCUUCUUAAUACUAGAGCUACAAAGACUUUUUCCAUGUAUAUGCCUGACGUGAUUUAAUAAUGUUAGUAAAAUUUCACGACGCGACGAUACUGAGCAGGUGAGAUACAAUAUGAGCAGAGUUAAGAACAGUGAGAGAAUCAGUUGAUUAAAACGGCUUUAGUCACUUUUAAUAAAACAAACUUACAUUGUUAUUAAUCGUAUUUGAAAUGGUACAAUAUAAUAAUUGUUUGAAUUGAAUAUAAAUAGUAGAGCAAACAAUAAUGUAUGUAGUAAAUGAACGUAAUCAUUGUUUGACAAAAUAUAAUAAUUAUUGAUGUAACAUGUAAAAAAGUCGCCACAAAACGAACUAGCAAAAUUAUAUCCACCUGCUAAUAAUAUCGAGCAAAUGUUUACUUUUACGACUCUUAUAACGUUAAUGAAUAAUUAAUUUUGAUCAAACAAAAGGACAUAAUACACCCACCCAAAUUUAUAGAAAACACAUCACUUAUCAACUAAACCGAAAUGUAUGAUAAAGUUUUUGUUUAUGUAAAACGCAAUGGGGGAAAUGAACUGAUUAUUAUCCAUGGGAAUGGUUUUUUGUCUGAUCUGUCUCAACACAUUGUAAGAUAAUUUCAUUCAAACAGUAGACAUUUUGAACCAGUUAAAAACUACUUGAACAAGUUGUGAAAAAUCAGCUCUAUUAAAAGGUUUAACCAGUUACAUUAUUUUACAGUUUCUUGUUGAUUUGGUCUUCAACCGAUUCAAAGAUCUUAAAGUAUGUGGUAGCGUAUGAACACUGUACCUGUUCUAACAAAAUUUUGUUAAACUUUUAUGCAAGCUUGCUGACGAGACUAACCACCAUUUAAAUCUUUUAAAUCCACCAAUAAAUCUAUCAUACAUUUCUAACUUUUAUGUAAUAAAAACAGUUUUUAUUUAUAUUAAUUCUAUACGCAGACAAUAAUCUACUAUUACUAAAUGUGACAAUUUUUUGUGAUGUUAUAUAGUAAUAUCAUUACAUUGAAGUACGCAUUUAUUUAUGUAUAAUUGUUAUCCACGUGCAAUUUCCCAAAAUUAUCAAAUCGUAAUUCACACUUCGAAUUAUUGCACAACAGUUUUUCUUUUAAUUUCAAUCGUUGAAAGGCAUCUCAAAGCAGAUGGCUUAGUUUAAAGAUAUUUUAUACCGAAAUUAUAUUUGUAAGUACGAUAAUACGAAACCCAUAGAUAUGCAAUGUUCGUGAGAAUUUGUAGAAUCUAUUUGAAGACCGGCUCAAAUAUUUUGCAACAAAAAUUGUAAAUAUUGUGAAAGACAAUGUUAUUUAUGUUCAACAAGCAGCAUUUCAUCUUAAAGAAUAUGUUGCAGGUAAACAUUAUAAAAUAUUCUUUUACAGAUUUAAUUUAUUUGCAUAUUUAUAAAGGUGGUAUUACGCCAUACAUAUUACCAUCUCGAAGAAAGCACAACAAAUAAACUACAUUUUUUUAAGUAACAAACCUUAUUAUUACAGGAACUAUAUUUUCUAUGGCUGCCUUCGAUUCAGACUAAACAUAUUGGCGGUUUAGUCAAAAA